AUGUCGUUUAAAAGAUAUUCACAAUCGAAAGAAGGAUUUGUAGAGUAUUGUGCUUCUAAAGGGAUCACAGUUAUUGCCGAUUACAUUGUAUUUCUUCUUUUGACAGAACUACCGGAAAAUCCAUGUGGUGCUAUUGCAAUAAAUCUACUUCAGCGACAACAGGAAGGCUGCACUGUAUUUGAAUUAAUGGACUUGUAUGCAUCACACUCCGCCUACAAGGCAUUCCAUUUAAAUAGUUCCACAGAGUAUGGAUCUUCACAAGUGCCUUUUCCAUCGGUUGUGGAAUAUGUGCAAUUCCAUGGUAUUGGUAUGUUAAUAGAAGAAUGGUUGUGUUACUUGGAGGAUCAAAACCCGGAUGAUGUUAUCAUGGCUUCUCGUGUAUUCUUUCAGGCAAAACAUAGAGCCUUGCAAUUUCAUGAUGUUCAACUCUCAAAAGAAAAGAAUUCAUCAAAGAAAAAUGUUCUUCCUCUAGACACUGCAAAAGGGAUCAACACUCAACAUUGUUUGCAGGAAAAAUUGGUUUUAACGGGGGAUUUUGAAAAUGUAAAGUUAAGUGAACUGAUGCGAAAUGCAGCAAUUUAG